AUCGGAAACGGCAAAUUUGUGUUUGCUGCUCGAGCCUCGAAUUCUUCUCUGGCGCGACUGCUUUGUUUGGAUCUUUCGAUCCGCUGAGAGAGGGAUAUUCAUAGAGGAGAAUGACGGUGUUUCACUUCUUCAACUGCGCAAUUCUCACGUUUGGUCCUCACGCUGUCUACUAUUCCGCCACGCCACUGUCGGAGUAUGAUACUCUUGGUACUUCUAUUAAAGCUGCUCUUGUAUAUCUUGGAACAGCUCUAGUGAAGCUUGUUUGUCUGGCAACCUUUCUUAAUGUAUCUGAGAAUGAUAGCUUUGAUCCAUAUCAGGAGCUGUUGAAAGCUUUGAUUGGUUUUAUAGAUGUUGCUGGGCUUUACUUUGCCUUGACCCAGUUGACUCACAGGAACAUCUCUCAGAACCAUAAGUUCCAAGCUGUUGGACUUGGGUGGGCUUUUGCUGACUCGGUUUUGCAUCGGUUGGCGCCCCUUUGGGUGGGCGCUAGAGGACUGGAAUUUACCUGGGACUAUAUUCUCCAAGGCCUUGAAGCAAAUGCAAAUCUGGUUUUGAGUAUAUCUCUUGCUGCAUUGGGAUCUUUGAUGUGGCUUCGUAAGAACAAACCCAAGACUUUGAUUCCAAUAAUAUAUGCAUGUGCAGGAAUAGCGGCUACAAUGCCAUCAAUCACAAGCUAUCUGAGAUACGGCUUGGGAUGGCACUUCCCAAAGGUUGUAGGCUUUGAACUCUUUACCUCUCUUGUCAUGGCUUUUACAAGCUGGCAGCUCUUUUCUGCAUGCCAGAAACCAGUGGCUUAAGGCAGUCCAAGAUGGCCACAACGCCGGCGACUAACAAGAAGUUUCGUGGCACAAGGUCAAGUUGUCUGAGAAGAUUCAAGUGCACGCUUUAGUGGCAGCUAUCCUUGAACAUUCUGGAAACCUAAUUUUGCCCCAUGUCUAACGCCCAGAAACUCAAGAUAUGGUUUUGAAUUGUAAUGGAACUUUGAUGAUAAGUUCAAUUUUAUUUCAUCACCAUGUAAACUAUUGGGGCUCUUUUUGUUCCCAUCCCUGGUCGUACUGCCCUCGCAUGUUGACAAACCUAUCUGAUUGCCUAUGCUGAAGUCUAGAGUUCAUGCUUCUGUGAUUGCGAUGCUCCACCUUCGAGUUCCCUAGAUGAAACAGUGUUAGAUUGAUUGAAUUUAAAGGCGGGCAUGGGCUGCGCUCUUUGUCGGUUUCAGAAAGAAGAGGUCCUCUGUAUUCGGUUUUAUGCAUUCACUUUCCAGCAUUCAAUAAAUCAACAGGUUGAGCUCUUAUUUUAUUAUUAUAUAUAAAA